UUUGACGCGCAGGCGCAGUGUGUAACCCAGACCGUUCAGCUGUCAUUUCAUUUCACCCCUGUGGUCUGUCCUGGUGGGCUGUCUCCUCUAACACUAUGGGGUUAAUCACAGGAGUGUUUGCCUUCUUGUAUCAUCUACCGCAGAUUUACAAAUGGCUGCUGAAACCUUACUACAUCGUGUCGUUCCUUUUGACCGUCGCUUUCUUAGUGGUCAGGAAGGCUCCAGGACUGUGUGAACACCUGGCGACCGACCGGGAGGACGGCAACUCCUGCGACUUCGACUGGAGAGAAGUGGAGAUACUCAUGUUUCUGAGUGCGAUUGUGAUGAUGAAGAAUAGAAGAGCCAUAACACUGGAGCAGCACAUAGGCAACUUGUUCAUGUUCAGCAAAGUGGCCAAUGCGAUCCUCUUCUUCAGGCUGGACAUUCGGCUUGGUAUUCUCUACCUUGCACUGUGUGUAGCAUUUGUCAUGACGUGCAGGCCUCCUCUCUACAUGGGCCCAGAGUACAUAAAGUACUUCAGUGACAAAACCAUAGAUGAGGAGCUGCAGAAGGACGGUCGCGUCACCUGGAUUGUUGAGUUUUACGCCAACUGGUCGUCUGACUGCCAGUCCUUUGCUCCCAUCUUUGCCAACCUUUCUCUUAAAUACAACUGCGCUGGACUCAGGUUUGGAAAGGUGGACAUUGGUCGCUAUGGAGAGGUUUCACAAAGGUACAAGGUGAGCACAUCUCCUCUGGCUAAGCAGCUGCCAUCACUGCUGCUUUUUCAAGGAGGACGGGAAGUUAUGAGACGUCCAAUGGUGGACAGCAAAGGGAGAGCUGUGUCUUGGACCUUUAAUGAGGAGAAUAUUAUUCGAGAGUUCAACCUGAAUGAGCUUUUCCAAAAGUCCAAGAAGCUGAACAAGAAGCAGAACGGUUUUCAGACAGAAGAUGGCAGCGGAGAGCUUCAGCAGGAAACCAGCGAAGUGGAACAGUCAACAGAAAGCAAGAAAGACCAAUGAAGAAAUCCAGCAAGUAACAGGAUCGGUUCAAUUUUUUUUUUCUGAUGUUGCAUUUUGGAUAAACUUUAAAAAAAAAGAAUAGAAUGGAGUACUGAAAGCUGGUUCACCUGUCAGACUCAAACUCCAGGGAGAAUCGAAGCCCAAAAAAACUGGAACAUGAACAAAGUCUUACUGCUACAUGUUUGAACCAAAACCAAGCAGAAGUUUAAGUUAUUUAAGUAGACAUUUUUAGGAAUUUUUUGUUAAUUUUUAGAUGACUGAGUUCAACUUCACAGCUGCAUGUGAAUGUCUGCUACCUGUAUUUGUUACCCUGUUUACUCUACCAAAGUAAAAACAUGUUCAAAAAACAAGACCCAUCACAUUUUUAUUUAAACAGAUUGACCUUUUAUUCUGAGAAGACAUCUUCUUAAAAAUUCUUUAUAAGGCCAUUUUGGAAAUGUAUCUCAUAUACUCACUACAGAUAUUUGUGAAACUCACUCCAUCCGUCACAACCCACAAUAUCAAUAUUUAUUCUCACGAAGAAGUAUACUUGCUACUCGCACAUUUCGUCCAUAUUGCGAACCUUGGCCGACGCAGUGAGAAGUAACGCAGAUUUGUGCCAUUAACGACGUUGGUUUCUGUCACCCGCAUGUGAGCAUGGUGGAAUUGACAGUCACACAAGAAUGCACGCAAGUGAAGCAGUCAGCAUGGCCAAGAACAGGAGAAAAAUAAAAAAUAAAAAAAAUCACAUGCACACUAAAGAUGUAGCCUGGUUGGGUUGGAAACUCACAACACAGUUGUUUGGGUCAGUUCAUACUCAUGUGAUUAAAGCGUUCAUUUCCCUCCUAAACAUGUGGCACAUUCACACCGCUUCGACAUUCUACUCCAAACACUAUUAUGGGCCUGGAACAGGAAACAAUUUAAUAAAUUAAAAACUCUGUGAUGCCCAAACCAGAACGAGAAACACAUCUCCCUUCAUCUAAUUCUUUUUUUCUUGAACGUGGCAAAAGUAAAAAAAAAUUAAUGAGCCAAUCAAUGAGAUCAAAGUCACUUUUCAAACUGGAGUCACCAUUAGGCAUGGGCUGGUCGACUUUAUGAAGGUAAACCAAUGUCUUAAACAGCUACUGCCUUAAAACUGGUCAAAUUCUUUCAUUUUUAUAAAGUCAUCAUCUAUUGCUGUGCAUUAGAAGGAUGGUCAGCUGGCUGAAAGAUGGCUAUACAAUAUUUCCCAAAUUCUAGGAAAAAUGCAUGUCACUGUUUAGAGACAUGUACAUUCUUAAACAUGAAGUGUUGCAUGCUUUUAAGGAAACCAAAAACUACAGAGCUCAGAGCAGAGCAUCUUUGAAGCAGCUGACUGCAGGCUAGCUACCUGAGCAGACAGCCUGAAUAAUUUAGAUUAGCUUGUUAGACUGUUACUCCAUGAAGGGAAGAAAGGUUAAAAACUUAUUAUAUUCUACACAAAAUGCUCAUUUACUAGAGGACAAAUACUUAAUUGAGAGGCAGUUUAAUCAAACCUUAAAGUGUAUUAAUUUUAGCAGCAUGUUUCUUUUGAAUGUAAAUAAUAUUUUUUUGGAAAAUUCCAACCUCAAUGACUUAGGCACAUUACUGGAGAUUAAUCACCAAAAUACUACUGAAAACAUACAAAAAGCUGAAUAAAAAUUGUAUGGUUUAAGAAAUACUUUUGUAAUUUUUGACAUGCCAUUUUUAUGAUGAAUAAACACUGCUUAUUUUUCAUUAAUAUAUAUAUAUAUAUAUUUUUUUUAGAUUAGACGGUCUCAUUUCAUAUCAGAAACAAAUGUCUCAAGUCAAAUAAAAAUAAUUUUAAAUUUAAAUCUGCCAGUGGCAUGAAUAAUUUGUGAGUUAGGUGUGCAUUAAGAUCAAAACAAUUAAAAUGAUUGUUUUUCCGUUUAAAAUAAAGCAAAUAUCAAAUUGUAUACAUCUGUUUGAAGUAGUAAUACUGUGAAACCUGUACCUUAUGCUAUAAUGUUAGAACCUCAGACCAGCCCAUGCCUAAUCACUAUGAAUAUUCAAUCAAAUAAAAAACAAACAAAAAAAGCAAGUCAGUCUCUCUUUGCUCCAUUUAGUGGCAUCUUGCAUAAACAUUUUAAUAUAAAGAUGUUCAGACUAUUCUGCUGAAACUGAUUUAAUUAGUGCAGAUUAUUCUGUCUGGUGAAAUAAAUAAGCCCUUCCCUUUCUGCCCACUAUUUGGCUAAACAUCCGUUAAAAAAAAUAUAUGGUCGCUAGCAUUCAAAACUAAUUGACAAUUUACAGAAAAGGGAAAAUGAAAUAAAACAAAAACACUAUAAAGACAUACGACGAUCUUAAAGCUACAGACAGAUUUUGCAUAAUGCUUCUAGCAUAAACAUUACAAGCGUACAUUCCACAACGAUGCUUGUGCUGCGACUGGGGGGGAUGAAAAUUUCUUUGUGGCUUUCUUAAAAAAUAAUUUUGAUUAUUUGCCACACCUGGUGUCCGGCAAGGAUCCUCUCCAUCUUUGGAUGUCAAAAAAAAAAAAACUCCAU